AUGACUUGUUCAAUUGAAGCCGGUAUGAUCCUUUCAAGAAACAGAGUCAAUGCCCGACGUAUCAUUAUCCUCAGCUUCUACGCACUUUCUAUUGUAAGUUUUUGAAUUAUGAGGUAUGGAAAUUUUAGACGAAAUGUCACAAAAUUUAUUGGAUGGCGUUUUUCAUUAUACUUUACAUAAUUUUUAAUGGAAAAUAUAACGAAAAACAUAUCUUAUAUUAGCUAAAAUACUGUUUUUAAACUUUUUUUAAAAAUAUUUUUGACAAAAUGUCACAAAAUUAAAAAAAUGACGGAAUGUCAAAAAAUUAUUGGAAAAUGAAUUUUGUGUAAUUUAGUUGUAGAUAGGAUAUAAAACACAUAUGUUGCGUAAUUUUUACCUUUUAGCAUAUUUUAAGCUAUGUGACGAAAUGCCACAAAAAUUAUCGAUUUAAAAAAUAACCUCAAAUUACUAAAUAAUACCAACUUUUCAGCUCUUAUCAGUCCUCCUCUUCUUUUUCGCCGGCAUCUACUGCCGUUUGGGCUACUGCACCAUCACGUGGACUGAGCAGAACCGGCAGUACGCGCAGGCAAGUCCAGUAAGGAUUUCGGAAGUUGUUCUUUUUCUAACUCAUUCCAUUAACUUUUGGAAUUUUUGUUGAUAAAUUCCAAUUUCCGACUUACCAACCUGUUCAUUAACUGUCGUGCUUGUGUUUUCUUUGUUUGCUGUGUUUGGGUUUUUGAAGGUUUUUGCGUGUUGACGGAAUGUCACAAAAUUAUUGGAAAAUUGGACGGAAUGUCACAAAAUUAUUGGAAAUUUAAUUAUGUCUUUUAAUUACUUUGUGACACCUUUUGUUAUAAAAAAAUGUUUAAAUUAUGUAUUUUUGACUAUUUUCAACCAUUAUAUCCUAAAAGUCAAAAAUUAGACGAAAUGUCAAAAAAUUUAUUGAUUUCUAAAAUUUGUUAAAAGGGAAUAGUAUUUUUGGUGCUGUGUGAUCUUUGAUGAGAUAAUACUGACAAAAAAAACUAAAUUUAAAAAUUUCAGAUAUUCCCCAUGUUUGUGGCGUGUUUAACACUACUAUUGUCAUUAUCAUGGUUAAUAUCCAACUCAUGCUACACUGACUCGCCUUGUAUGCAGGAUUACAAUUGUUUGGUAUGAGAUAAAUUAAUAUUUGUAUACUUUUUGAUAAAAAAUUUUCUAAAUUUCUUUAUUUUCGAUACAAAAUCGGUAUUUUUCAUUCAUUUGUCACCUAAAAUAUCAAAAGUUUUUGGUCAAGAUCAAUGAGUUUAAAAAAUUUAAGAUAAACUCUAAUGACCGUGUUUUUCUUUUUUAAUUACUUGACAUAAAACACGUUUUAUAGCCUAAAUUAUUUACUGAUUUAUAGGAAAUGCCAACAGCCGUCUUCUGCUCAUUAAUGGCAGGGAUUUGUGCGGUAAUUGAGAUACACUACAGUUUUGAUUACAGUUACAGCUACUGGAGUGAAAAGUGGACAUUUGCGGCUGUAAGUUACCUGUUUUAUAAUGCAUUGCCCUACCCUACCCUACCCUACCUUACUCUACCCUACCCUACCCUACCCUACCCUACUCUACCCUACCCUAUCCUACAAUACCCUACCCUAACUUACCCUGCCCUGCUAGUUACCCUACCUUACGUUCUUGUACUCUACCUUAACGUUUUCUAUCUUGCUUUACGUUACUGUAUUCUACCGUAAUUUUUUCUUUAAUUUACCUUACUUUAUCCUACCCUUGUAUAACAUAUCCUACCCUACCCUUCUUUAAACCCCUCCGCCCUACUCUACAUUAACCUACUUUUCCUAUCAUAUAAUACACGAACUCACAUUAUCUUGCCCUAUAUAAACCUUUUACAGUAAUAAAACUAUUAUACUAUUUAGGCCGACGCAGUAGCCAUGGUAUUCUUGCACGCCGCUAUAGCCUUUGCUUUAACGUGA